AUGUAUCAUCAGGUGCUUCUUGUCCUUCUUCUCCAUGCAAUCAUCAUUCCACUAGCCGAAACAUUUGAGGCAUCCGAAGUUGAGGCACUCUUCUCGGCACCAGCUCCAGAUGAUGAAUACAUCGAUGAGGUCCUUACUGAACCAGCGACUCAUGAAGCAAGCUCUGCGGAUGGCGUAAAACUUAAAGAAUCCCCAUCAGAAGAAUCGUCAACUGACGAAGCCUCCAAGCAACCGGGUAACCCCAUUAACAGUGAGGAUGACGAGCAGAAACAGAGCAAGAACCAAGGCGAUGACAGUGUUGAAGCAUCCACGGAAUCUGAGUUGCCUCCAGAUUCGGUGAUUGUAACAACGGAAGGACCACAACGAACAUAUGACCUGAGUGAUCGGCGUGGUUGGCACGUUCCAAUGACUGGUGGCGAUGUGAUUCCACCAGCGAUCAUUCCGCCGGAACCAGAGGAUACAGUGAAUGAGGAGGAACUGAACGGCGAUAAGAUCAGUGUAGCUACGGGUGAUGUGCGCAAUUGGUAUGUGGCACAUUCGGUUGGUGAUAUUAUGCCUGCUGCGAUAAUACCGCAAGAGGACGAUCAAAAUCAGACGAAUGGUAAGGAGAACAGCAAAAACACCGAAAAUGGAACGGCCACCAAGACGGAUAAAGGAUCAGGAGCCACUGGAUCAUAUCUAGCUCUUGUGGUUUUGCCUUUAGCGUUGAUGAUACACUUUUAA